AUGGGCGACAAACGGUUAAAUGAUCUCCUCAAAUGGAGUAUCGAAAAUACUGAGAACGCCCAGAGUGACCCCGCAGCCGGAGCACCAGCAACGAGGCCUCAUACAGAUCUCACACCCGAUGUCAUGGCCGCCCUCAUGGGCGGGCCUUCCGAGGCUGACUUGAUGAAGGCGUCCAUGGAGAUCAUCACAUCCGCCGACGUCAGCGUUGAGGACAAGCUCAUCGCAUUUGACAAUUUCGAGCAGCUCAUCGAGUCGCUCGACAAUGCGAACAACAUCGCCAACAUGGGCCUCUGGACGCCGCUGCUCGAACAGCUCAAGCAUGAGGAGGGCGAAAUCCGCAAGAUGGCCGCAUGGUGCAUUGGCACAGCCGUGCAGAACAACGUCAAGACCCAGGAGAAGCUCCUAGCAAUGGGAGGCAUCCCGUCACUGGUUGAGCUGGCGGUCAAGGAGGAGCACCCAGAGGAUGUCCGAAGAAAAGCCAUCUAUGCUCUCAGCUCGGCCGUCAGGAACUACCAGCCAGCCAUGGAUGUGUUCGCCGACGAGCUGAACAAGGGCGGGCGAGCUACGGACAAGACUGACGCGACCAACAUGGAAGCCAUUGAUGAUAUCAUGGGCGACCUUCGAGCAAAGGCCAAGGCCUCCUCAGCAUAG